UAGCAUCGUCUUAAUGGCACUCGUCAAUUCGAAUUAUGAAUUCAUUUUCGUUGAUGUUGGUAAAAAUGGAAGAUUAUCUGAUGGAGGUGUAAUUGAGAGUACAGAAUUCUAUCAUAAAUUAAUGAACGGUCAGUUGAAUUUGCCAGACAAUUCUUUUACAGAUAAUAAUCUCAAUUUCGUAUUUUUGGGAGACGACGCUUUUCCUUUACAAGAACAUUUUUUGAAACCAUAUCCCCAAAGAGAUCUUUCUUACGAGAACAGAAUAUUUAAUUAUAGAUUGUCUCGAGCAAGAAACGUUUCAGAAAAUGCAUUUGGUCUCAUAGCUGCACGAUUCAGAAUUCUUCAUGUUCCAAUACAUAUGAGAUAUCCGGAAAAUAUCAGUUACGUCGUUCUUGCAAUUUGUUCGCUGCACAACUUUCUUAGGAAGAGAGAUACUUCGUAUUCAACGUCUGCAUCAUUUGAUCAAGAAAAUAUGGCAACUAGGGAAUUACAGUUGGGGGAAUGGCGAAAAAAUACGGCUGAAAUGACAAACCUACGCAGUUUCAGAAGAACCGCUACAACAGCUGCCAAAGAUAACCGAAAUAACUACAGAGAUUUUUUCAAUUCAGAUGGUUCAGUUGAUUGGCAGGACGAAAUGUUGGCUAAAGGAAAAGCUUAAUUUGUAGUUCUGCUCAUUUUAAGUGAAUAAA